GCAGAAAAACCAGAACCUGCAUUGCAAAUUUAGGCCUUCAAACAUGGCCUGUACCGGCUUUAACCGCCGCUCAUUUGCGUGGGCAGUUCUGAUAGCAGUAGUUCUUGUUGCUAGAGCCAAUGCUAUUGACAUAUUUCUGGAAUGGCAUCUUACACUUGACACCACACUCAAGCCUGUGACCCGAGAUCAACCUGUUAUUGUGAUUAAUGGAUUGUUCCCGGGGCCACUUAUCAACGCCACUACGAAUGAUUUUGUUCAUGUGAACAUCUUUAACGACAUGGAUGAACCUCUUCUCUUUACAUGGAAUGGCAUACAGCAAAGGUUAAACUCAUGGCAAGAUGGAGUUUCCGGAACAAACUGCCCGAUUCAACCUGGUACAAACUGGACUUAUGUGUUCCAGACCAAGGAUCAGAUCGGCAGUUUCUUCUACUUCCCUUCCAUCAAUUUCCACAAGGCUGCUGGAGGAUUCGGACCUAUACGUGUCAUCAACCGCAAUGUCAUUGCCGUCCCCUUCCCCAGACCAGAAGCUGAAUUUGAUCUCCUUAUUGGCGAUUGGUUUUAUGACAGUUACCAGAGUACUAGGGCAUUGAUGGGCACUCCUCUAGUGGCAUACCAUGCAAUCCCUGAUAUAAUUUUGAUGAAUGGCAAAGGACCUGUUGGUAACCCCAUGUCAAAAUCCUAUGAAUCAUUCAAUGUCACACAAGGGAUGACUUACAGGUUGAGAAUAUCAAACGUGGGGAAUGCUUUGAGUUUCAAUUUCAGGAUUCAAAACCAUCAAAUGGUGCUGGUUGAAACAGAAGGAUCCUACACUGAUCAGAUCGCGUUGGAUUCUCUGGAUGUGCAUGUCGGCCAAUCAUACUCGGUUCUUGUCACAGCUAACCAAAAUGCAGCUGAUUAUUACAUGGUGGCAUCUCCCAAGUUGGUCAACACGUCUGAAUUUACUAGCCUUGUGGGCAUUGGGGUUUUGCACUAUUCCAAUUCAGUCUCACAAGUUAGUGGGCCUCUGCCUGAUGGACCUGACCCUUUUGAUUUAGAUUUCUCAGUCGAUCAAGCCAAAUCUAUUAGGUGGAACUUGACUGCAGGAGCUGCUAGGCCUAACCCACAAGGAACCUUCAAUGUGUCAAAUGUGACCCUAUCCCAAACCUUCAUCCUCCAAAGUUCAGUAGCUGACCUUGGUGACGAACCACGUUAUGUUGUCAACAAUGUGUCAUAUAGAACACCAGAAACCCCGUUGAAACUCGCCGAUUUCUAUGUCAAUGGCACUGGUGUGUACCAACUUGAUGCUUUUCCGACUCAUUAUGUCAAUGACGAUGCUGCAUAUGGAGUGUCCGUCGUGACUGGAAUCCACAAAGGGUGGAUAGAAAUUGUGUUCAUGAAUACUUUGGAUGCCAUGGAUUCUUGGCAUUUAGAUGGUUUUGGAUUUUAUGUCGUUGGGUAA